AUGCAUUUUUCUGCAGAUUGCCCAUUUGGGGAACAUCAGUGUCGCGAGUGCAAGAAAAAAGGUCAUAAAGAAGGGUAUUGUGUCUGUUUUUCGUCCGGCAACAACAGUGGCAGUAGCAAGAAGAAGUACGAUGGAAAGAACAAAGAUGUGAAGAUAGUGUCAGUGAAGAACAUCAGUCAGCAGAGGAAGUUUUCCAAAAUCGAAAUCAACAAGAUUACAGUUCGGUUGCAGAUCGACUCAGCGUCGGGUAUUACGAUCAUUUCCAACGAAUGUUGGCGGCAAUUCGUAAACAUCGGCGGCAAAUCGAAGAGAUGCUUGUGUCGUGUAGCUUCACCGAACCUCGAUCUGAACAUUCUGGGAUCCGACUGGCUUGAGCUUUUCGAAUUAUGGGACGUUCCUAUCAGUUCGUUCUGUAACAAAGUCACCAACCAACAGCCCUGUACGGAUAAUUUUCUGCGAGCCCGGUUUCCGAAAGCUUUCUCAAGUGAAAUGGGACUCUGCACGAAGACAAAAGUUCGACUGACGCUGAAGGCAGAUCCCAAACCAGUCUACCGUGCAAAGCGUCCAGUUGCAUACAGUGUUCAAGGUGCGGUAGAAGACGAACUUCAACGAUUGCAAGCAUUAGGAAUCCUCCAACCAGUCGAUCACUCUGAUUGGGCAGCACCGAUCGUCGUUGUGCGGAAACCGAACGGUAGAGUCCGCAUAUGUGCCGAUUUUUCGACGGGUCUCAACGAUGUGUUGGAGUCGAACCAGUGUCCGCUUCCACUACCAGAAUACAUCUUUGCCAAGAUGGCCGGAUGUAAGGUCUUCAGUCAUAUUGGCCUAUCCGAUGCCGAUCUCCAAGUGGAAGUGGACCCCCGGGAUCAACCUCUCCUGACAGUUAACACCCACAAGGGUCUAUUCCGCUAUACUCGUCUCACGCCUGGAAUCAAGUCAGCUCCGGGUGCUUUCCAGCAGAUCAUGGAUGCAGUGGUGAGUGGCAUCGGAAGAACCUGUGGUUAUUUGGAUGAUGUGCUAGUGGGAGGACGUACGAAACAAGAACAUGAUCUGAAUCUGAAACAUAUGCUUCAACGUCUGGAAGAAUACGGACUUACAGUUCGAAUUGAAAAGUGCAGGUUCAACACGGAAGCAGUGGAAUAUUUAGGGCAAAUCUUGGAUGGCGAUGGCUUCAGACCCGAUCCGGGAAAAACUUCAACUAUCGCUACCAUGCCGCCGCCUCAAGAUGUUCCGUCACUCCGUUCACAUCUUGGUGCCUUGAAUUAUUACGCAAAGUACAUUCCGGAAAUGCGAAAGUUUCGGUUCCCGAUGGAUCAACUCAUGAAAUCUGGCGCAAAGUGGAUUUGGCCGGAUACAUGUCAGCGAUCAUUCAACCGAUUCCGUGACAUUCUGCAGCCACCGUUAGCACUCACGCACUACAAUCUAACCAUGGAACUCAUAGUGUCAGCGGAUGCGUCAAACUACGGAAUCGGAACGCGAAUUGCCCAUAAGCUGCCAGACGGAUCAGUGAAGCCGAUAUCGUAUGCGCCAAGAAGCCUUACACCAACUGAGUCCAACUAUAGUCAAAUCGAGAAGGAAGGGUUGGCGUUGAUCUUUGCAGUAACACGGUUCCAUCGGAUGUUCUUCGGACGAUAUUUCGUUUUGGAAACAGACCACAAGCCACUGCUAGCUAUCUUUGGUUCGAAAAAGGGCAUCCCAUCGAUCGAGCUGGAAGAAACCAUGGAACACAUCGUCAAGCAGUCAGUGAAAGUUCUCCCAGUUACGUUCAAGAUGAUUCAAACUGAAACAAAGUCGGAUGCAGUUCUGAAACAGGCGAAGCAGUUCGUCUAA